AAAAUAUAAAAAGCCGUCUGUAAAUAGACGAAACUCGAGGGACCAAUAAGCAAAUAUUUUACACGGAUAACCCAAUGCCGACUGGUAACCUCACAAAUCCAAAGCCCAGAUACAUUGAACCUAGACACAUUUAGGUUUUAAACCCACGCCUAUAAAACUCAACACGCACGUAUCAUUUCUCCAAUAACAGAAACCACACACGCAUCUACAGCUUGUAACAACCCCCUCAUUAAAUGGCGCCAACCAUCGCGAUUCCCUCGCCGGCGCCGCAGCAGAAGAAAGGCGAGGCUGCGCUGAGGCGGAGGAACGAGGAGCUGGAGUGGGAGCUCAGGGAGAGCCUGGUGAGGGAGGAGAGAAUGAGGGCGGAGCUGGCGCGGGCGAUGGAGCGGCUGAGGGUGGCGGAGGAGGCGGAGGAGCGCCUCUGCUCGCAGCUCGGCGAGCUCGAGGCGGAGGCGGUGGGCCAGGCCCGGGAAUACGGGGCACGGAUUGUGGAGCUGCUGGAGCAGCUUUCCGGAGCCAAGGAAAUGCUUCACCGAACGUCGUCGUUUUCGACCGUCAUUUCUCAAUGACGAUUCCUGAUUUUUUUUUGUAGGAUUCUCUUUUUGAGUAAGAAACAUUCUUGUAUUGAGCUAUAAAAAUGUUGAGCUACUUGUAUUUAUCGAUUCGUGGACGUUUUUUCGAAUGUUUUUAGGUGUGUAAUGUGUUUGGUUAAUUUAAUUAAUUGGUGCUACAAUAUAAAAUAUUUUUGUUUUAA